UGCGAACGAACUGGCGAUCACAUCUUUGGACACAGUACCGGAAUAAACAUCGUACCUUCGACGAAUGUCCUUUGUGGAUUGUUUUUUCACAAACGGAGAGAUUAGAUCCGGCAAAGAUGAGGUAUAACUGUGAAGUCAUGAGUAUAUUUUGGCCUUAACUUGCUUCCUGCAUUAAGACAGCGCUUCUGAUAAUGUCCAGUUCGGGCUACCCUCCAAGCCAGGGAUCGUUCAACACAGACCAGAGCCGCUAUACUCCACACGCUGUACAGUACAACUUCACAACUUCCCGACACCAACAGGAUUUUGCUGUUCCAGAAUUUCGUGGUCAAGAGGUCAGCUCAGCAUCUCAAAUUUUGCAGCAACAGCAACAGCUUCGACGACGUCCCUCCUUGCUCUCAGAAUUUCACCCAGGCGCUGACAGACCACCAGAAAGGAGGCAUGGCUAUGAGCAGCAAUUCCAUACUUUGUCCUCUCAGUCAGAUCAUGAAGGUGUGGAGUCCAAACGUCAGCGAAUUGAACAAGUUUCAGAAGCUCAUUUCCAGCGCUCCACCUCGGCUGGGGUUCUGCCCUUGGCUCAUAAUGUACAAGAUGGGCUGAGAGUUUCAGGAGAUGUAAAAAAGGAACAGCCUUUCAGUAUGAAAGCAGAAGUUCCUUCCUCUCCUGGUAGCCAUCCUGUAGGAGAUGAACCAGAUUCAUCACCUUCCAAAUUGUCUAAAGAGGAGCUCAUUCAAAGCAUGGAUCGUGUUGACAGAGAGAUUGCAAAAGUUGAGCAACAGAUUUUCAAACUAAAGAAGAAACAGCAACAAUUGGAAGAAGAAGCAGCUAAGCCACCAGAGCCGGAGAGACCUGUGUCACCACCUCCAGUGGAACAGAAGCAUCGAAGCAUUGUCCAGAUUAUUUAUGAUGAAAACCGGAAAAAAGCAGAGGAGGCUCAUAAAAUAUUUGAAGGUCUUGGUCCAAAGGUUGAGUUGCCUCUUUAUAAUCAGCCAUCAGAUACAAAGGUGUAUCAUGACAAUAUCAAAACGAAUCAAGUGAUGCGAAAAAAGUUAAUCCUGUUUUUUAAGAGGAGAAAUCAUGCAAGAAAACAAAGGGAGCAGAAGAUCUGCCAACGAUAUGAUCAGUUAAUGGAAGCAUGGGAAAAGAAAGUAGAGAGAAUAGAAAAUAAUCCCAGGAGGAAGGCCAAAGAAAGCAGAACCAGGGAAUAUUAUGAGAGGCAGUUUCCUGAAAUUCGAAAACAAAGGGAGCAACAGGAACGAUUUCAGAGGGUUGGUCAGAGGGGCACAGGGCUUUCAGCAACAAUAGCAAGGAGUGAACAUGAAAUUUCAGAAAUAAUUGAUGGGCUUUCUGAGCAGGAGAACAAUGAAAAGCAGAUGAGACAGCUCUCUGUGAUCCCACCUAUGAUGUAUGAUUCGGAACAGAGACGUGUGAAAUUCAUCAAUAUGAAUGGCCUAAUGGAUGACCCAAUGAAAGUUUAUAAAUCUCGGCAGUUCAUGAAUGUGUGGACCGAUCAUGAAAAGGAAAUAUUUAAAGAAAAAUUUGUUCAACAUCCCAAAAAUUUUGGCCUUAUUGCAUCAUAUCUAGAAAGAAAGAAUGUUGCAGACUGUGUUUUAUAUUACUAUUUAACAAAGAAAAAUGAAAAUUAUAAAACACUAGUAAGGCGUAAUUAUGGACGACGCAGAGGAAGGAAUCAGGUGACUGCACAGGACUGUUCAGGUUGUAGUGGCACAGAACACCAAUACAGAAAAGAAAACAUGCAACAAAUUACACGGCCAUCACAAGAAGAGAAGGUGGAAGAAAAGAUAGAAGAAGAUAAAUCUGAGAAAGCUGAGAAAAAGGACGAGGAAGAUAAAAAGGAAGAGGAGGAGAAAGAUGAUAAAGAAGAAUCAAAGGACAUCUCUAAAGACAAAGAGAAGGCAGAUGCUCCUGCCGAAGAGGAGGAAGGAAAAGAGCAGGCAACUCCACGGGGUCGCAAAACUGCUAACAGUCAAGGCCGUCGCAAAGGAAGGAUCACCCGCUCAAUGGCUAAUGAGGCUGCAGCUGUGGCUGCUGAAGAGCCUCCUCCACCACCACCACCUCCUCCAGAGCCAGUGCUGCAAGAAAUUAAAAGCAACACGUUUCAAGCGCCCAAAACUGAGCAACUACAGAAGUGUGGCCGGGAUCAGGUCAGGGGUUCCACAGUAGCCAUGGAAGCACAGGCGCACAGAGCUUCUGCUGAGCCUGUGGAGACCUCCCGUUGGACUGAAGAAGAAAUGGAAAUAGCUAAGAAAGGAUUAGUUGAACAUGGGCGGAAUUGGGCAGCAAUUGCCAAGAUGGUGGGCACAAAGAGCGAGGCCCAGUGCAAGAAUUUUUAUUUUAACUAUAAGAGACGACACAACUUGGAUUAUCUCCUUCAGCAGCACAAACAAGGUUCAAGGAGAUCCAGGGAAGAUCGUGAUGUGUCCCAGUGUGAAAGUGUUGCAUCUACUGUGUCUGCUCCGGAGGAUGAAGAAAAUGAAGGCUCCAAUGAAGAAGAAAACCCAGAGGACAGUGAAGGUGCAGAGAACAGUUCUGAUACAGAAAGUGCAUCAUCUCCAUCUCAAAUGGACACUAACAAGGCUAGUGAAGAAAUGUCAGAAUGUGCCAAAACCUGUCGUGAUAGCAGUGAAUCAUCAGCUGAUCUUGCAAACCAAACAAAAAUCUUGCCUGAAAUGUCCCCCGUGUCUGGUUCUGCAUGUGCAAGGCCUCAUGAGAACCAGUUUUCAGAAAUGCAUGUUAAAGAGGAAAAGAGUCCAGAGGAGGUUGAAUCCACAAACCAGGAUGAAAGAAGUCGAAUUGCAUAUGAGCAGCAUGUGCAGACCAAAGUGGAACCUGUUGAUAUUGAAAUAAAAUCAGUUGCUGAUGUCCAAAUUAAAAUUGAAGCUGAUACCAAAGACAAAGGCACUGAGAAGGAAAAUGAAAAGGGGGAGCAGGAGGAAAUGGAGCUUGGUCUUCCACAACAGGAACAGAAACAAGAGUCACAUUCCGAUAAUGAUUCCAGCGCAACCUGCAGUGCCGAUGAGGAUAUUGAUGGAGAGCAAGAUACUUCCAGGUUUUCAGUAGAGAAGCCAUCUUUGCUUAGUCCGCCAGGCUCAGUGCUAGUUUCAUCUUCAAUGAAGCAAACUCAUAUGGAUGUGCAUCAGCUGCAUCAGAGAGCAGCCACCAUCCCUCCAAUGAAUGCAAUGUUUGCUGCUGUUCCAAUGAGUGGUCUGGCAUUGUUGCAAAGGCAGAUUAAAGCGGUACAUGAGUCGUCCCAUUUAGAAGACCGUCAGAGACAUGAUCAAUUGGAGACUGAUCAUCACAGCUCCACCAGUCCCCAGCUUGGUACCAGAAGUCCUACUGUUCUUGACAGAGAAGGUAAACCAUUUACAUACAUGCCUUAUGAGAUGAAGAUGUCAAUGGAUCAUGAAAUGCAGGGUAUUACAAAUUCAGGCAGGUCAGCGUCACCUUACAGACUUUCUCCAAGAGAAAUGAACAAAGCUUCCCCACAGCCAGAUAUUCAUGCAACCCGACAUGGUAUGCCACCAGUACUGCAGCCUGCUCCAAAUCAAGUUUUGUCAAAUUAUUCAGAUGCACGGGUGACAUUUCCAAGACACACGAGGCCUGCAAACAUUCCGUCUCCUCCUCCUCUCAUUCCUUCAUCCAAACCUUCAGAGAAACCAUCUUUCAUAAUGGGUGGAUCCAUUUCACAGGGGACUCCAGGUACUUACAUAACUCAUAACCAGACUGUUUACAACCAGGAUUCUUCAAAGAGCUCAGUGGGAUCUAUAUCAUUGGGAAUACCUAGACAGCAAGAGUCUGUAAAGCCUGUCUUUUGUUUAACAGUGCCAGUGCCAUAUAUAAAACAGGAAGAGUUCUCCCCUAGAGGACAAAGUGCACAAGCAGAGGGCCUAUUGUGCAGGGCACAGUAUGAAAGUGUUGUAAGAGGUAAUCCAAUGUCUGCCUCUCAAGAAGGCAGCAUAACACGAGGAACCCCAGCCAAAGGAACGGUGGAAGCCGGUACCUUUCGUGGCUCAAUCACUCAGGGUACCCCAGCUCUUUCUCAGUCGGGCAUUCCAGCAGAUGUUCUUCUGAAAGGUACCAUCACCAAAUUAGCCAUAGAGGACGUCAGCAGUCCUGAAAAGGGCAGAGAUGAAGCUAUUUCCAAAGCACAUGUCAUUUAUGAAGGCAAAAGUGGCCAUGUCCUGUCAUAUGAUACUAUUAAGAAUGUGAGAGAAGGAACAAGAAGUCCUCGAACUAGCCAUGAACUUAUUGGAGUGAAGCGCACUUAUGAUAUCAUGGAGGGAGGAGUGCUAAACCGAGGUCACCCGGUUAGAGAAUCUCCAGUCUCUGCACCUUUUGAGGGACUUAUAAGUAGGGUAAUACCACGAGAUAACACACAUCCUGUUGAGACUAAAGAAAGGGCAGUUCACACUGGCUCUAUAAUGCAAGGUACCCCAAGGACAUCAGCUGAUAGUUUUGAUGAAGUUCUUAAGUAUGGCAAGCAGAUUAAAAGGGAGAGUCCCCCAAUUCGUGGGUUUGAGGGAACUGUGGGCAAAAGCAAAGCUUAUGAUGGUGUGGCUACAAUUAAAGAAAUGGGCCGUUCUAUUCAUGAGAUUCCAAAGCAGGAUGGAUGUAGUCAAGAAAGCAGAAAAACUCCUGAAGUGGUCCAGAAUACUCGAUCAGCUAUAGAAGGAUCAAUUUCACAGGGCACACCAGUCAAGUAUGAUCAAUCAGCAAUUAAACACAAUGUGAAAUCUCUUAUCACUGCUUCCAGUAAGCUGCAGCACAGCAUGCCUCAGCUGGAAAUCAUGUCUGAAGGAGUUAAGGUAUCUGAGCCCGUCAGAGCCCGUCACACCUCUGUGGUUAGCUCAGGACCUUCAGUUCUUCGGUCUACCUUACAUGAAGCCCCUAAAUCUCAGCUCAGCCCAGGGAUGUAUGAAGACUCAAAUUCCAGGAGGACACCUAUCAGCUAUGGUGGCUCAAUAUCCAGAGGUUCACCGAUGCUAACCAGAUCCCAGGAAGGUGGGCUUUCAUCUGGAAAGUCAACUGGCCAUGAACGCAAGAGUACAAUGACACCAACACAGAGAGAUAGUGUCCCUGCAAAAUCCCCAGUGUCUAGCAGUGAUCCUGUACCCACGCAUAGCCCAUUUGACCCCCACCAUCGAGGAGUGGUACCAGGAGAGGUAUAUCGGGCUCAUCUUCAGCACCACAUUGACCCAGCUAUGGCAUUCCAUCGAGCACUUGAUCCAGCGUACCUGUUUCAACGACAGCCAUCUCCUACAGGAUAUCACAACACCUAUCAGUUGUAUGCCAUGGAGAAUACUCGGCAGACAAUCCUGAAUGAUUACAUAACGUCUCAGCAGAUGCAGGUGAUCCCGAGACCUGAAGUGACCAGGGGAAUUUCUCCAAGGGAGCAACAGAUCACCAUUCCUUAUGCCUCUGGGACAAGAGGGAUUAUUGAUCUAGCCCAGAUGCCUCCCACAAUCCUGUUGCCUCACCCUGGGGGAACAAGUACGCCUCCCAUGGAUCGCAUCACUUACAUCCCUGGUGCACAGUCCCCUUUCCCUUCUAGGGGUUACAGCCAGAGCUCUAUAUCCCCAGGUCAUCCUGCUCAUCUUGCUGCAUCAGCAAAUGUCGAACGUGAACGAGAGAGAGAGCGAGAGAGGGAGCGUGACAGAGAAAGGGAGCGUGAAAAAGAGAGGGAGCAACGUGAACGGGAAAGAGAGCGUGAGCGAGAACGGGAGCACCGGGAACGAGAAAGAAUGGCAGCUGCUGUAGCAGCUUCAAAUGAAAUAAAUUACAUGCGAGCAGGUACAGAACAGCCAGGCAGGCCAAGCAGUCAUGGUUAUGUGCGCUCUCCUUCGCCAUCUGUGAGAACUUCAGAGAAUGUGGUACAACAGAGACCCAGUAUAUUUCAAGGAACUAAUGGCAAAAGUGUCAUUACACAGCUGGAUACCUCACGUAUAAUGCAAAUUGCUCCCAGCACAGCCUCUCAGUCCCAUGGCCUUCCUGCAUCCCGUUUCAGUACUGCUGCAGAUGCCUUGGCUGCCUUGGUAGAUGCAGCUGCCUCAGCCCCUCAGAUGGAUGUUGCAAAAGUAAAGGAUGGGAAACAUGAAUCUGUUCGUAUUGACGAGCUGUCUUCCCGCAGGCCAACAAUGGUUACUGAACCACAGCAGCUUCACCAAGUGCAGCACCAGCCUUCCCUUCAUCAGCAGCAACACCAGAGUAUAGAAGCAGAUAGGCGAAGUAUCCAGUCUUCCUACACUCCUGUGUCCCUGCCUGGUAGUAAGCCCUCUGGCACUUCCUCUCAUUAUGUCGAGAGCAAUAAGGAAAAAGGUCCACCUACAAAAUCUAGAAUCGAAGAGGAGCUGAGAACACGUGGCAAGACAACUAUCACUGCAGCCAAUUUCAUUGAUGUUAUUAUAACUCGACAGAUUGCCUCAGAUAAAGAUGGUCGUGAAAGAGGAUCUCAGAGCUCAGAUUCAUCAAGCAGCUUAUCAUCCAAUAGGUAUGAAACACCUGGUGGAGAUGCUAUUGAGGUUAUUAGCCCCGCAAGUUCCCCAGUACAGCUACAGGAUAAGCAGGAGACAUCCUUCCAGCAAGAUGUUUCUAAACCAUCUCAGGCAGAAAGUGAUCAGCGUGCCUUUGAAUCACAGAUAAACCGGUACCGGAGCCAACAGGAAUCUCCCUCACCUCAGCAACCACCAACAUCUCAAGCUGAAAUAUAUGGUCAAGUUCCGAAAACGCAUCGGCUCAUCACUCUAGCUGAUCAUAUUUGUCAUAUAAUAACACAGGACUUUGCCCGCAAUCAAGCAGAAGACUUUGCCCGUAGUAAAGCUUUAAGUCAAGCACCACCACAGACUACGUCUUCAACAACAUUCCAAAAUUCAGCACCGACUGCUCCUGCUACAGGAUCACGGAACAAAGUGCCCAGUCGCUAUAGUCCAGAGGGUCAAGGGCAGGCAACACAGGCACAUCAGGUUCAGCACCAGCGAGUAUCAACCAGGGUCUCUCCAGAAAACCCAUCUGAUAAGUCUAGAGGAAGACCUGGAAAGUCCCCUGAUCGUAGUCAUAUGGGCUUGGAAUCUUACGAACCCAUAUCUCCUCCACAGUCCUACUCAACAAUGGAUAAGCAAGAGGUCAUGAUGCAGCAGGCCCAGAGGCGAGAGGCUGAUGGCUCAGAGCAGAGGAGCGAUUCUCACUCCCCUGUGAGUGGCUAUCUGCCAUCAUUCUUUACUAAGCUUGAAAACACAUCCCCAAUGGUGAAAUCAAAAAAACAAGAGAUAUUUCGUAAGCUGAACUCGGCUGGAGGUGGGGAUGGUGACAUGACUAGUGCACAGCCUGGAACAGAAAUUUUUAAUCUUCCAGCCGUCACAACUUCAGGUGGUAUCAGUUCUAGAGGUCAUUCCUUUGCUGAUCCUGCCAGUAAUCUUGGUUUGGAAGACAUCAUUAGGAAAGCUUUAAUGGGAAACUUGGAUGACAAGCAAGAUGAACACCAAGCUAGCCUGCCUCAGACGAUGAACCUCUCAUCUGGAAACCUGUCAGCAACCAUUGCAGCAAUGGCCGAGGCCCGCAGGGAGGAAACUAACCCCUCACCAAAUUCUGGUGCAAGUGUUGGAAAGCAAAAAAUAGUGGGCAAAGGGAACAGCAGAAAGUCAAAGUCGCCAAUUCCUGGGCAGGCUUUUGCAGGUGCAGAAAGGCCAUCUUCUGUGUCGUCUGUCCAUUCUGAAGGAGAUUAUCAUAGGCAGUCUUCAUCUGUUUGGGGAUGGGAGGACAGACCGUCUUCUACAGGGCCCACACAGUUUCCUUGCAAUCCUCUAACUAUGAGAAUGCUGAGUAGCACUCCUCCUACAUCAAUGGCAUGUGCGCCAGCAUCAAUUCAGGGUCAGCCUGCUGCUCUCCAGCAGAACCGAAUGUGGGACCGUGAGCCAGCUCCACUAUUAUCGUCACAGUAUGAGACCCUGUCUGACAGUGAUGACUGAUCUUCAGGGGCCUUCCUUGAUGUGGGGUGUAUAAACGUUUUUCCUCCAGUUCAAGUCUGCAGUUCCAUGCAGGUGGUGGAAGGGCUGGCUCUGGUAAAUGGACUAUAGCCACCAGGAGCCGAAAAAGAGGUGGCAGAAGAUAAAGAACCUUCAGUGUAAGUGGCAGCUCCCUCUCACCUCAGUGCUGGAGAGAUUAACAGCAAAUGGACUAAUAUAGUGAAUGAAAUCUGUAAAGAAAAUGUAUUUCUUGUUCUUGAUGUUUGUAAAUGAAAUCUUGUUGUCCUUAAUUUUAUGUAAAUAAGAGAUCUUGAAGUUUUUUGUUUGGAGCAGGGGUUGGGGAGGUGACAGGUGUAAUGUCUUCAUCUUUAUCCACCACCCUCUGUUUUUCUUUCUUUGAAUGCCUUGAGCUGAGGCCUGCACUUUCAUUAUUUUCACAUCAAAAAGGAAAAAAAAAACUCACCUAGGAAGAGUGUCUUGUUUUCUUCAUUGUUUUUGACUUUUCUGUCUCUGAUUUGAUCUCUGCCAAAGCUUUUUUUUUUCGUUUCCAGUUUAACAUGCAACAGUCUAAAAAUAAUCAUGCAUACAUUAUAAGUAGCAUUUAUAACUAAGUUUUCUUCUGUUAGGACACAAAAUAAAUAAAACUGCUUGUUUAUUACUGGAUCUAUAACCAUCCUUCAGCACACUAGUAUAGGAAUCUCCUUGCACUGGAGAUUUAUCAUAAGCUGCAUUAGAACUGUCAGAUUUUAUUUAAAAACUGUUGUAAUUUGUGACUUGGAACACAGGAGUCUUGCGAUACAGGAACUGUGGCUGACGCAAUUGCACAACCCACUUUGUACCCGGUGUCUUCUCAGUUUGGGGUUUCCUUAAAAUUUGUUAGGAAAUCUUAAUUGAUUAAUGAAAAUACACAAGAUUUCUUAUUAUCUUCCUAUAAAAAAGCAUACAAUAAAUACAUGAGCUUUGUGUCUUUUUCCUGUAAAAUUGGCAGAUUUUUAACAAAUCUCUGCAAGUUGUUUGAAGAUUUGAUUCAGGAGUUCUUUUAUUGUCUUUGUUUAUAAUUGGAAUUCUUUUUAUAGAAAGACAUUUGCACCAGCUUUGCAUUUUGUAAAGGUUGGCCUGCUACAGGUGCGUGUAUAUAAUGUAUAUACAGUAAAAUGCCCAACUAAAGUUUAAUAAUGAACGCAAAGCUGCAGCUUGAGGACAUUGGAGUGUAAUUUCAUCUCUUCAGAGGCAUUAAGUUGUAGUCCUAUGUGAAGUGUCACAAAAGCCCCGCUGAUUAUACAUUAAAGAGUGCCAGCCUUGGUUGCUGAAUGUACAGUAGACAUGUUGUAUAUGUGCAUGAUAGGACUGUGCAGCUUGGCCAACAAUAGCUGACUCUCAUUCAUGUUUAAGUAAUAUUUUGUGUUGUUUUUAAUUUGGAUAAUCUAUACACACAAAGCCUGUCAUUCGAUUAGCCUGAUUAUGUUGAGCCAGUCUUUUCUUGUGUGCAUGACCCAUUUCUCAGUUGUGAAUAAAGCUGUACUUUAACAUUUUUGUAACUCCCAGAGUCCAUUUUCGGCUUUCUUUCCACAUUUUUUGGAAAUGAAACUCUGUAAUGUUCUUUACAGCACCAAAACAGGAAGAAACCAUGUUUCCAACUUUUUUUUUUAAAUAAUGUUAAUGAAUUUGCAGAAUAUUUAAGUCCUUCAUCAUGAGUCACUUUAUCCUGUGUGGGUAGGAUGGGGGUGGGGGGGCAGGCUAUCGAUGUGAGUGAUAAUGUCACAUGUUCAGAUUCUGAUGUGGGGAUUGGAUAGCUGCUUUUUAAGAAUCACUGAUAUGGAAGAACUCAAUAAAGUAGAUCAGCUCUCCACCCUCA